UAUCCUGUGCAUUAUUUCUAAUCUAUUGAUGAUAGAAAGAAUGAAUUCCUUUUAAUAGACAACAAUCAAAAAGCAUUUACGAAUUGCCAUGGCAACCAACUCAUGUUGAAUCUUUCUCGCUAACGAUUUCUUUUUAUUUCUUGUAUUUGUCUCGUUUAUUGAAUUCUUAUAUCGGUAGAUCGACUGAAUUAGAUAAUAAAUUCUCUUUGUAAUGGCUAAAUCUGUAACUGUUUACGAGAAACCAGUGCCACAUAUCGGAUUACCUGAUUGGUAUGCUAAGCAAUGGGAACUUCAGCAAAGUGUAGGAAGUAGAAUAUCUGAUGCAUUUGAAUUGCGUAAUUCAGGAAGGAUCAUUCGAUCCGAAACAAGAGUUAAAACAGAAUGGAAUACAUAUAUGAAUAAUGUUCGACUGGCAGAUAGGAUAACAGAACUGUCUAAAUGGGGAGAAUUAUUUGAACAUUUAUUAACAAGAUUACUCUCUGAAAUACAUCUUUUAAAAGAUGAGAAAGCAAACACGGAAAGAGAGAUAGAUACAUUAAAUUAUCCUCUACAAGUUACCGCGGAAUGUAUAUCAAUGAGAGACUGUCGUCGAGGAACAGAACUUACUUAUGAUGAGGCUGAUACAGAAUUGAAAAAAGAACUCUGCAUCAUAGAAAAUGUUAAAACUUUUUUGACCGAUAAGGUGCAAGCUUCAUGGGAAAAAUUAAAUUGUUUGGAAGAAGUUAAAUUUAAAAUAAAUUUAGAUAUUGAAGAUAAAAAUGAAGCGAUUAGGAUUGAUAAAGAAAAGCUUGAAUUGGAUCGUACUUGUGCUAAUAUUAGUUAUAAACCAAAUGCUUUGAAAAAAUUAAAAAAUGAGAUAUCUUAUGAAAGUUGGAUAGAACAUUGCAAUAAUUUGAAAAUUUUGGCAGACAAUGAAUUAAGUGAUGUAUAUAGUUUUCGGGAAGGUAUGCAAGUUAUGCGCGACCGUGCAAACAAUGAUAUAAAAGCUCAACAAGAUGUUACUGACUUUGCUUUGAGAAAACGAAUAUAUCAAACUCAAAAAGCUAGAAACGAACUUGAAUGGCAGAAAUUAAAGAUGCACAAAGAAAUGGAAAAUUUACAGAAAGAAAUUGUACGAUUGGAAGAUGAAUUUUUGCAUAAAACAGAUGCAAUAAAAUGUGCCGAAACAAGAUUAGAAAAUCGUAACUACCGACCUGGUUUUGAAUUGUGCGAAGAUGAAGCACAAACGGGUUUAAGAAAUGAAGUUUUACAACUGAGAAAAAUAGAAAAUGAAUUAGCUAAAGCAAUUGAAAACGCGAAAGCGACAUAUAAUGGUCUAGAAUCUUUACUUCUACGGGUUGAUAGAAAUUUAGAAGAUAAACAACACUCACUUUCAACAGAUAUCAUGUGUUUAGACAUGAGAUCAACAUUAAAAACUGGCGAUAGAACAAAAUUACCUAACGAAACAGAUCGUAAUAUUGUACUGACUCGUAUGGAGAAAGAAAUACCACUGGAAUCAUAAAUUCUAAUAUUACAUGUUGAUUAUCUAUGAAUCAGUGAAAUAUAUAAUACAUAUAAGUAUCAAUUUUAAUAUAUCUAAUAUUUCAUGAAACUGAAUUUAUUGAAUCAGGAUUAGCUUUAAUUAAAGCAUAUUCAGAAAUAAAAAUAUCGGUCAAAGCUACUUCUAAAGUUUUAACUGCUCGUCUAUAUAUCUCUCCAA